AUGAGGAAGGUGCCACUGCCUAGGGCAAUGUUGUACAUGACAAUGCAAUGCUUGGGAGCUAUAUGUGGUGUUGUGAUUGUGAAGGGGUUUAAAGCAGGCCAGUACGAGAUGGUCGGAGGGGGUGCCAACAAUCUUGGAGACGGAUACUCCAUACGCAGUGGCCUUGGUGCCCAAAUUGUUGGAACGUUUCUGCUUGUCUAUGCUGUCUUCUACGCCAAUGAUGCCAAACGAAAAGCUCGAGACUCUCACGUCCCUGUAUUGGCACCACUGGCUAUUGGGUUUGUUGUGUUCGUGGUACAUUUGGCUACAAUUCCUAUCACAGGGACUGGGAUCUACCCUGCAAGAAGUCUCGGUGUGGCAGUCCUUUACAACAAGGAUCGAGUUUGGGACGACUAUUGGAUCUUCUGGGUGGGACCCUUUCUUGGGGCAGGUCUUGCAGCUUCAUAUCAUAAGAUUGUCAAUUUGUCACAAGGGAGCACAUUCUGCUCAUCACCCAGCAAGGGAUUUGGACCGAAGGAAUCUUAUAUAUUUAACAAUUAUGAAGAAGUUUAUGAUGUUCGCAAGGUCCCGUUGUCAGGCCUAACAGUUGAAUUAUCGGGUAGCUUAAGCGUCUAA